CGCGUCCGCCCAAAUCGAUUCUGUUUCUUGCAACCAUGGAGAAGGACGCGGACGGAUUCUACGCUCCAGCAGCAGCAGGGGCAGAGAAGAAGGAGGAGCCCGCCGCAGAGGAUCUCGACAGUGCAGCGACAGAUCUCAUCAAGUCCUCCUUCGAGGUCUCGGUCACAUUAGCCGACCAGCAAGCCGACCCGAACUCGCCGCUCUUCAGCGCAAAGACAUUUGAGCAGCUUGGCCUUCACGCUGACCUCCUCAAGGGGAUUUACGAUAUGGGCUUCUCCAAGCCAUCCAAGAUCCAAGAACGCGCCCUGCCCCUCCUUUUAUCAAAUCCACCGACCAACAUGAUCGGCCAGUCGCAGUCGGGUACAGGCAAAACGGCGGCGUUCGUCUUGACCAUGCUUAGCCGCAUCGACUUCACGCAGCACAAGACCCAGGCCCUCUGCCUCGCGCCCUCGCGCGAGCUCGCGCGGCAGAUCAUGUCCGUCGUCGUCGCGAUGGGCAAGUUCACGCCGGUGCAGACGGAGUACGCAAUCAAGGACAACCUGCCCAAGGGCGCGUCGCGCGUGUCCGCGCACAUCGUCGUCGGCACGCCCGGCACGAUGACGGACCUCAUCCGCCGCAAGGUCAUCGACACCUCGGAGGUGAAGGUGUUCGUGCUCGACGAGGCGGACAACAUGCUCGACCAGGACGGGCUCGGCGACCAGACGCUGCGUGUCAAAAACAUGCUCCCGCGAACCGGUGUGCAGAUCAUCCUCUUCUCGGCGACGUUCCCGGACCACGUGCGAAGCUUCGCGUCCAAGUUCGCACCGAAUGCGAACAAGAUCGAGCUGAAGAAGAAUGAGCUCACGGUGGACAACAUUCACCAGUUCUACCUCGACUGCAAGAGCGAGGAGCAGAAGUUCACGGCGCUCACGCAAUGCUAUGAGCUCCUCACUGUUGGGCAGAGUAUCAUCUUCUGUCAGCACCGACACACAGCGGACCAGAUCGCACAGCGGAUGACGGCGCAGGGACACAAGGUCGCGUCGCUGCACGGUGCAAAGGACGCGUCGGAGCGCGACGCGAUCAUCGACUCGUUCCGCGAGGGCCGCGAGAAGGUGCUCAUCACGACGAACGUGAUCGCGCGCGGGAUCGACAUCCUGCAGGUGAACAUGGUCGUCAACUACGACCUCCCGCUCCUCAACGAGCGUGACAACUGGGGGAACAAGGCCGACUCCCGCCCCGACAUCGAGACGUACAUCCACCGCAUCGGUCGGACGGGUCGGUUCGGACGCAACGGCACGUCAAUAAACUUCGUUCACAACAAGCAGACGUGGGAUCAUAUGGCGGAGAUCGAGCGGGCGACCGGGAAGAAGAUCGAGCGGAUAGACACGGACAACCUGGACACGAUGGAACAGCAAAUGAAGAGGGCACUGAAGUAAACUUUGUACUCCGACCCGACUCCCCGCGCCUGUACCCUGUAGCCCCCAUAAUGCGCCCCUCGCAACGGAUACCUACCAAUAUCGCUGUAUACUCGCUCCCCAACGGAAACGUUUGUAUGUAACCGCUUAGG